UUUGCAGGAAGCACAGAUCACAGAGGAACUCCAGAGUUCCCUGGAAGAACAGUCACGUUGGAAGCUGCAGAGGGCGAAGUAUGCUGGGGAGCUGCGUACAAGAUAACCAACAAGGAAGAUCAAAUAACUGCAUUGGAGCAUCUCGAGGUGAGGGAGAAGCAGUAUGACAAGAAAGUUUAUGUAGAUUUCUUCACUGACGCAAGUUCUUCCACCCCUCUCUGGUCUCUAAUGUUAUGGUACAAGAAGCUGAACCAGAACUAUCUGGGACCUGCCUCACUUGAAGAAAUCGCCAUUCAAAUAGUUAGGGCAAAAGGCCCCUCAGGGCCAAACACAGAGUACCUAUUCAAGCUGGAAAAUGCCCUUGUCCAAAUAGGAUUUGAAGACAAGCAUGUUAGAGACCUUGCUGAUGAAGUGAGGCAGAUACUCUCAUUACAAGGGGAGUUGGUUGAUUGAUUGAUUGAUUGAUGAUAUGAAACACGAAUUAAUCUUCUUAUAAUCCCUUGUAUUAAAACUUAAUUAUUUGCCUAGAAUGCUUGCAUAAGGAUUGCUAGAAUGUACGAGAUUGCUGGUUGCUAAUAUUGAGAUGCAGAAAUUUAUA